AUGGAAAACAGCACAGUCUCUGUUUACUUCAACCUCGUCAUGUUCGCGAAAAUAGACCGCUACCGCUAUCUAGGAUUUGUCUUUUGCCUUCUGCUAUACAGCUUUAUCGUGUUUGCAAAUCUUGUGAUAUUAGUGGUAAUAUUGCGAGAGAGCACACUACAUCAGCCCAUGUAUAUUUUUAUUGCAUUUAUGUCUAUUAACUUGCUGUACGGCUCUACUGGUUUCUUCCCCAGGUUCCUCAUGGACCUCCAGUUUGAUACUCAUUUGAUCUCACGUCCUGCUUGUUUCACUCAGAUUUUUGUUUUGUACACAUAUGGCUUAUAUGAGAUAACCAUUCUGAGCGUUAUGGCAUAUGAUAGAUAUGUUGCUGUGUGUCAUCCUUUAAACUAUCACAGCAAGAUGACCACUAAAACGGUUUACAUAUUGAUAUUUUUUGCUUGGUUCUUGCCAACCUGCAAUCUUACAAUUGCCAUCAAUAUGGUUGUCAGACUUCCUUUAUGUGGUAACAAAAUAGAGAGGAUCUACUGCGCUAGCUGGGAUGUUGUAAAAUUAUCAUGUGUUACCAAUUCUGUUAACAAUAUUGCUGCUAUGAUGGGAGCCAUAAUAGCAGCCUUUAUUCCCUUUGGUUUUAUUUUGUACACUUAUCUGAGAAUUGUAUUUGCUUGUUGGCAAAACUCAUCAGCAGUCAGAGGAAAAGUAGUUCAGAGUUGUCUUCCACAUAUUAUUUCAUUUGUCACUUAUUCCAUCACGUCUUUUAGUGAUAUUGUCCUGAAUCGACAAAAUCUAAAAGACAUGAAUCCUUUCUUGGCUGUAAUUCUGUCACUAGAAUUUGUUGUUGUUCCUCCAGUUGUGAACCCUCUUGUGUAUGGCCUCAAAUUACCAGAGAUUAAAAGACAUGUUUUGAGGAUGUUAUCCUUGAAACCCAAAACUAAAAUCAGUUCCUGUUAA